AGUCUGGUUCUGGUCUAGGUUUCUGUCUGUUCAACAUGAGUCUGGUUCUGGUCCAGGUUUCUUUCUGUUCAACAUUAGUCUGGUUCUGGUCCAGGUUUCUGUCUGUUUAGGGGGGUUGAACCGGUCUUACAGAAUUAUGUUUGAAUGUUUUUUCACCUUGUUGCAUUUUAAUGUUAAGGUCCAGGUCCAGGUCCAGGUCCAGGUCCAGGUCCAGGUCCAGGUCUCUUAUAUCUCAAAUCUCUCUUUUUAAUGUGCUGGUUUAACAAUUUCCACAUUUCUAAACUAGUUAAACUUGAAACUUCAAAAGUUCACUUAGCAGAAUCUUUUAGUCAAAGCAACGUUCAUCAGAGAGGAAGAACUAGGAGAGAAAGGAAACGAUGGCCUCACGUGGAGGAAGUCAACAGAAAAGAGGGCAGCAGAGCCUCAUUGGGUCAUCAACAUCUGGAGCAGAGACAACCAUCCUGUUCACACAUUGUUGACAGCAGAGCCACCAUAUGAGCAGAGUGAGGCGAGGGGGGGGCAGAGACAGAUGAAGCCUGACAUUCAGAGCCCACGGGUUAACAGACGAGCUCCUCUUCAUCAUGUGGGACAGCACAGGAGGAGAAUCAGAGGAUCUCUGAGCCUUCACAGGCAUCACUUUGAACUAAAGCCCGACUCAGUGGGAACACUUCUGUUCUGUUGUGUAGGAGCUGAACGAGUGCAUGAUGAACGCUGCUGUCAUACUGCUGUUAACAUCAGGCUGCUUCACCUGGUCUUCAGCUUUGUAUACCCCCAACAGAGCAGCAUCCAAUAAGCUGAAGUAUCUCCUGGAGCCUCCGGUGUACGCUGAAGUCAUUGGACGACGGGGAGAAAACGUGACUUUGCCGUGUAUCCUGAGAACAAAACCCAGCCAUUACAAAGUCAAAUGGACAAAGCUGCAGACGGAACAUGUCGGAAAGGAGAACAUUAUCAUGAUAUCGAAUUCACACGCAUUCAAACGGUAUGGCCGUCUCGGUCCGAGGGCUACGCUCAGGAACGCUCACUCCAUGGACGCCUCGCUGCAGCUCAGCCACCUCGAGCUGGAGGACGGCGGUUCGUAUCGCUGCGAGCUCAUCAACGGCAUCGAGGAUGAGAGUGUGGUCGUGUCUUUGAGGAUUGAAGGUGUGGUGUUCCCGUAUCAGAGUCAAAAUGGACGCUAUAGAUUGACUUACCAGGGGGCUCAGGAAGCUUGUGCAGAGCAGGAUGGUAUUUUAGCCUCAUUCAGCCAGCUGUACAGAGCUUGGACCGAGGGGCUGGACUGGUGUAAUGCAGGAUGGUUAGAUGACGGCACCGUUCAUUACCCCAUCAUUGAGCCCCGCCCUGCUUGUGGAGGACAGACGCUCCCCGGUAUUCGCAGUUAUGGACCCAAAGAUAAAAAACUGGAUCAGUUCGACGCUUUCUGCUUCACCUCACAGACGUCUGGCUCCGUCUCCUACAUUUCGGGCUCUUUCUCCUUCCAGCAGGCUGAAGACGCAUGUAACCGCCAGGGAUCCGAGCUGGCGUUGGUCGGUCAGCUUUACUCCGCCUGGCGUUUCCAGAACUACGACCAGUGUGACGGAGGAUGGCUGAAAGACGGCAGUGUGAGGUUUCCUAUCAGUAACCCCAGGGAGCGCUGUGGAGGCAUCCCUGAGGCCGGCGUGCGCUCGUUUGGAUUCCCCAACAAGAUGAAGGAUCUUUACGGCGCCUAUUGCUACAGAUAGCCCAAAAUAAUCAGAACAAUCCACAUUAUGUGUUUCAUGGAGAGGACACUUUAUCACCUCGAUUCGGUGUGAUCACUCAGUAUGUUUACAUGCACAGUUAAGUCGAGCUACUGUCACAGCUAAAUAAAAUCUCUCUGCUACAGUAGGUGGUGAAAAUCCCCCUUUGAGCGAGUCGCCGUUGGACCGUCUUCUUGGUGACCUUGAACACAACUUAGCAAACGGCAAAGUUGUGGUUGUACAUCAAACAUGGACGACUUUACAUCUCUGUACAAACUGGGUGAUAUCUGGUGAUAUCUGACGUCUGCUCUGCUACGAACACAUGCUGUUUGACUUCUAGAUCAAAGUCAAAUCAAACCAAAAUCAACGAUUUCUGUCAGACUAACGUGAACAUGGCUUUAACAGUUGAGUUUGAGUCGCACUGACAAAAUAAAUCAGAUUAUUCUAACAUCAUGUAAACACACUGAGUGUGACCCCAUGUGUUUCACCUGUGUGGCUCUGCAGUCACGUUGCCUUCACUGCACACAAAAACCAGUCAGAUUAACUGAGUUUGAGUGAGAGGGGUUAACGAGCAGCUUGUUUUAAUUUAAUAGGAGAUUGAGAUCACUGGACAAUUAUAAUGUGACAUAUAGAUAACACAGUCUGCUGCUGUUUGGAUGAACUGCUUUAUCUGUUUCAUAAAUCUGUUUGAUUUUAUUCUUCCAAUAAAUAUACGUCUACAUAUCA